GAAUGGAGAUGUUGAGGAUCACUGAAGCUCUUCUCCUGAUGUUAGCAGCUCUUCUCCAGGUGAGAUUGAGUUUCAGAGUUAAUAUCACAGAUAUGAAUAUUCAUGAUGUGCUCAUUCUGCUCAUCAUUUCUGCAGGAUCACACCAGCGCCGCUGCAGAAGCACAGGAUUAUCCUCUGGAUAUGGCGCUGAAUUCAGUGGAUGAUCAAUUCUCCAUCUGCAGAGCCAAAAUGUCACGUCUGGUGGAGAAAACCUAUCUGAAAGAGGAAAGAUUGAACUCAAAUAGAUUUAAUGAGCUUUGGCAAGAAGGUGAACAGAAAGCGGUGCAGAAUAUUUCCACAAUGUUUGAUAAGAAUCAUUCGAUUGCCAUCUAUGUUUAUACGUACGCUAGUGAGGAUAUUAAUAAGGUUGUAUAUCCUCAAUUCAAUGAAGACACUCGUAAUGGCAAACAGAACUACAUAGACAAGAGAUACAGAUGGUAUUCACUUUACUUUCUGUUGACUGAUGCCGUUCAGAUUCUGAGGAAGGAGCAAAAAAACAAGUGCUAUGACACUUUCCGAGGUACAAAUUUGACAUUUAAUCUCCACAAGUCUAAGAAAAUUCGCUUUGGCUCGUUUACAUCCACGUCUCUCAACAAUUUUGAAGCAAAAAAGUUUGGCAAAGUUUCUUGCUUUAAUAUCCACACUUGUGAGGGUGCUAAUGUGGCUAAAUAUUCGCAAAUUCCUCAUGAACAAGAGGUGCUGAUUCCUCCAUAUGAGAAGUUUAGAGUGGCCGCUGUCUUAAAUAAAAAAGAUGGUUGUAAAACUGUGUACAAACUGAAGCGCUCUGGGAAAAGAAGUGAUCUGGACUGUGCUCUGUUCAAGAAAAAUACACUCUUUCCCCAAACUCUUGACCAAGCUGACAGGGGUUCGCAGAUCAUUCUGUAACAAACAUAAUAGUAUUGAAUAAUGCAUUUGGAAGAUACUUGUAAGGU